AGUCUUUUAGCAGAGAGAAAAAAAUCCCCCAAAUCCGGCAAUCCCCACUAGACAGACAGACAGAGAGAGAUCCAGUCAGUGGAGUCGCUCCCCAAAUCCGCCUCGAAUUCCUCGACGCCAAGCAACCCCCAAGCCGCCUUCUCCUCCUCCCCUUCCGCUUCGCUUCACUGCUUCCGAGGAAUCGCCUGCCCAGAUCCGUGCCUUCCCACUCCCCCGUCCAGGCGCCCACGGUGACUGCUCGAUUCGGCGUGCGAUUCCCCAUCCCUCCCCCGGCUCCCACGCAGUGAAGGAUCCUUAUGAGCUGGUUGGCUGGGGUUUUACUCCAAUUCUGGUGCUACUAAGAUGGGUCAGAAGCUGGGCAGCAACAAGUUUGGGAUAGAUGAAAUAGCAGGCGCUUACUAUUUCUUGCUCCUGCUCUCCCCUGUGGUCUCCUUCUGGGAUUGCAUCUUUCGCAAGAUAAGAUACUCAUUCAGACCUGAGUGGGUGUAGCCUCCUGCAGUGACCGCUUUAGUAGUAGUUGGUUUGAAAAUAAAUAGACGGGCUCUUAGGGAAGCUUCUAGCAAGGAGUCCAAAAGAAUGAACUUUGAAGAUUUUGGUUUGGCUUAAUUAUAGUUGUUAGUAGAGGAGUUUAGCUGAGAUAGUCAAUAGCAGGUGCAGUUGUCAUGGACAAGGCUAUGAGCAAUCAGGCAGGCAAAGUCUUGAAGAAAGGAAAAAAGAAACAAGCCAAAGAUGAAUUGGAUCGCCAGAAGCAGGCUGAAAAGAAGAGGCGGCGGCUAGAGAAAGCACUGGCAAACUCUGCUGCCAUUAUUUCAGAGCUGGAAAAGAAGAAGCAGAAGAAGAAAGAAGAACAGCAAAGGCUGGAUGAGGAAGGUGCUGCAAUAGCUGAAGCAGUUGCUCUUCAUGUUCUCAUAGGUGAAGACUCCGAUGAACCCUGCCAUUUGAUGCUAAAUAAGCACAGAAGGUGCAACCAUUGGGAUCCCUCGGCUGGUUUUGAUUUCACUGUGGAUACACAAGGUACUGAUAUUUAUGCUUCUGAUGCACUGAUUUGCGCCAAUCAUGCAUAUGCUCCCAAAGGGAGGUGGACUGAUUGGGGCAUUGGCCAGCCAUUGCCAUCUUGGGGAGAAGUGAGGGAAUUUCAGGAUUCGUACUAUCAAGGAACAUUGCAUCAGUCUGUUACCUGCCCUGGUUUCAUGGCAGCCCAAGCAGUCUCGUCGUUGCAGAUCAGGGAUUCGUCAGAAAUCACCUCUCCAAGCCAAGGAGCGGAUGCAGCAACUGUCGUUAACAGGAUGCUUGGUAGCACCAACAGGCUCAACCUUUACAGAGAGAUAUAAAUACACUUGUCAUAGUAUUGUAUAUAGUCACCAAAAAAUGUGUUGCUACGUUGCCUGCAAUAUAUCUGGUUUCAAAAGAAAUGGAUAGAACAUCUUCACUGUUUUGUGAGUCUAAAGGAUAUUUUGUAUCAGUUAACAUUGGUAUUGUAAUGAACAUAUGGUUUUGAUUUUCUGUCA